AUGAAGUCCUUUAUCUCAAUUAUCCUCGUAAUCGCUUUCAUCAGCCUCUCCAUUAGUACCGUCUCAGCUCGUUGCUUCUGGACCGGCGCCAAAUGGCAAGAUCGCGCCGCUACUUGCCAGCACGUUGUCAACGCCUGCAAAGGCCACAGCGGAUAUCUCGGUGCUUUCCAAGGUACCUUUGCUGCUGGCGAGGCUGCGCAUACGUGCGUUCAGCACUCUCCUACGCAGAAGCUUGAAUUCAUGGUUCAGAAUCUGAACAUCUAUCAUGCUUUUGAUCUUGCCGAUGAUGAAUGCGUUUUGCGUCUUCAGAAUGAGAUCAAUUCCUGUGCUCGCGGAGGAAGCUCCAUGAUUAGCGACUGGGUUUUUAGGUGA